UAUGUGGGCGGGAAAGGCAGUGUGAAGAGCGAACAAAAAUGUGCGUUACGGUACGGGAGUUAUCUUGGACCAAACACCUGCAAGUUGCAAGCGUCUACGUGAUCCUUCCACGUCAAAUCGAAAAACAUGGAUACACAAGUUUUGGAACCUUCUUUGUACUCUGUGAAAGCCAUCAUGAUAUUAGACAAUGAUGGAAACAGACUUAUGGCAAAGUAUUAUGACGAUCAAUUCCCAUCAACAAAAGAACAGAAAACAUUUGAAAAGAACCUUUUCAACAAAACACACAGAGCAAAUGCUGAAAUCAUCAUGUUUGAAGGAUUAACAUGUGUAUAUAGAAGUAACGUAGAUCUUUUCUUCUAUGUUGUCGGAAGCACAAAUGAAAAUGAGCUUAUUCUGGCCAGUGUUCUUAAUGCAUUCUACGAUUCCAUUUGUCAAAUUUUGCGGAGAAAUGUUGAGAAGCGAGCACUUUUGGAGAACAUGGAUGCUGGAUUUCUUGUUCUUGAUGAAAUCUGUGAUGGAGGAAUAAUAUUGGAUUGUGACAGUCAGAGUAUAAUAAGUAAAGUUGCAAUAAAGACUGAUGAUAUACCAAUUGGGGAACAGACAGUAUCACAGCAAUUGAAGUCAAAACUUGAGGUGCCAAUAAAUUUAGGAAAGCAGCAAAUCAGGUCUAAACUGGAGGUUAUACAAACAGCAAAAGAACAGAUCAAGUGGUCCUUACUGAAGUGAUAUGGACAAGCAAAAAGGACAUUUAUUUAUACAUGUAUAUUGUGGAAAUAGAUUUAAAGGAGAUGUGGAAAAAUUCCAGCUGAUUGCAGACAAACUGGGGAAUAUUUAAUUGCGAUAUUUGUAUUUAUGCAUUUUACAAUUAAAUGGCUGUCUUGCAAAAUGAGGUUUUAUCAAGAAAUUUUCUGUAACUAACGCCUCAAUUAUCUAAUAGCAUUGUGAUACAUUACAUUCAAGUUUUAAUUUGUUGUUAGAACAAAAGUCUCAUAAAUGAUAAAGAUACAUUUAAUUUAAAGGAAAACAUUAUUUGAUAAAUAGUUGAAAGAAAGCGGGUUUUUGUGUAAAAUUUUAAUAGAUUGGAACUUUUUAACCAGGUUUUCAAUGAAAACCUGAGUUAUUAGAUUGGGGUAUGUCGUUGGUCGGGCGGGCAGGCGGGCGGGCGGAUGGGCGGGCAGCGGCGUCAAACUGGUGUUUCCGGUCAAGAUAUUUGAAUAAAACUUGGUUUGUAUGUAGCUUAUAUCAAGACAAAGGCUGGGAUUGAUUUUAGGGUUUCUGGGGUCAAGGUCAAGGUCACUGUUACUUAAAAUAGAAAAAGUGUUUCCGGUCAAUAACUUUUGUUUCGGUAAAGAUAUUUGAAAAAAACUUGGUAUGUAUGUAGCUUAUAUCAAGACAAAGGCUGGGAUUGAUUUUGAGGUUUCUGGGGUCAAGGUCAAGGUCACUGUUACUUAAAAUAGAAAAAGGGUUUCCGGUCAAUAACUUAACUUAGGAAUGAGCUAUCAUGAUGAAACUUGGGUGUAUAGAAAACUUAUAUAAAGUUGUAGCUUGGGAUUGAUUUUGGGGUUUCUGGGAUCAAGCUCAAGGUCAUUGUUACAAAAAAUAGGGUAAGGGUUAGGUUAGGGUUAGGGUUGUGCUUUAAAGUGGUGCACUGUGAUUCAGUAUACUUUUUUAUUCUUAUGAAAAGUGUUGAAUACCUGGUUUUGUGGCAUUGUCGCGUUUCUUGUUGUCAUUACAAUUAGUAUUUUUUAAAUUCAGAUAGAAGGUGCAUCUCUGUAUGAAAAGUUAGAAGCAAGUAUUGUCUUCUGUUUUUGUCUGAGGUGUUUGCAAACGUUAUUGUAGUUACAGGCAAGCUGAAGUAAUUUGUUUCAAACAUUAAGAAUUUAUUCUAUCAAAUGAGAUACGAAUUUCGUUGUUGACAAUAUUGAAAAACAGUAAUCACAGUUCUCUUCCCUUGUAUUUCUGUUGUUCAUAAAGAUUUUUUUAGGUCAAACGUACUUUUAUAUGCCAUAACGAUUCGUUUAACGUCAGAACAUAUUUUCCUUCUUGUGAAAAGAUGGCAAAUAAUUCGGUCAAUAUGGCAGAUGUCACUAUUCAUUGUGGGAAGAGUUUUAUUGUUGAUGCGACUUCUAGUAGAUCGUUAUGAUACGCAUUGUCUGUAAAAAUUCUGUACAUAUAUUUAUGUCUGUAUGUGACUUCUUUAUUUCACAAAUUAAGGAAUUAAAUCUUUGUAGAAAGCUGUCAAAUUUGUUACAAUGUUCUCAUGUCCAUUUUUUCACUUAAUUUGUUAAUAUCCUGCCAAAAAAAAAGGAGGAAAGGUUAAACAGAAACAUAUCUAUUGAUGAUGCCAUAAAAAACCUGUGUAUAGCUAUAAAAUGCGUGUAGCUAUAAAAUAUGCAGAGCUAUCAAAUUUGUAGAGCUACUACUAACAAAAGUGAAAUUAUUUUUAUGAUUAUAUGGUUUACUGCAUCAAGCUGUUGUAGCAAGUAUGUUGCAUUCUACAUGAAUUUUUAUUUUCCUUCCUAUGUCGUGUAAGAAAGUAAAUGAAGUUACCUCCCUUGGUCUGUAAAAUAUUUUGUAAAUGCAGGGAAAUAGGCACAUAUGAAGUGUAUGUAAAUGUAUAUUUUUAUGUGAUCAGUAUGAAAUAAAUGGUAUGUACAGUU